CACAAACUGGGAUCGAAGGUGCAGCACGUAAGAAGUCAGGUGUCACCCAUCUCGUAACAAUUCUUAAAACGAAUAAAGUGGAACAAUUGUUUCUUUCUGAACUUUAAAUGUGGUCGCAAUUGUUUGUUCUGUGACUGCAACUGCCCUUGCUGACUUUGUUUAGAAGAAAAUGGGGAAUGGUGCCAGCAGCACAGUUCGACCGAUACAUUUGAAUCCAGACCUACAAAAUACGUUAAAGAACACGACCAUUGACACAACAAGGGUGCCUGAUAUGUGUUUCUCGGAUUCUUCAGACAGGAUCAAGGAUAAGUUAUCAGAAGCCAGAACAAACAGCUUAGAGCUGCUGGAAAGAAAUGCAGACCUUCAGAAUCAACUAGAAGACUUAAGAAACAAUUCAUUAUCUAAGAAUUCUAAUACCCAAGAGCAGUACAUUCGAAGGUUAGAACAAGAAAUCACGUUUUCCAAAGAACAGAUUGUGUCAUUGAAACAGAAACACAAAAGAAAAAUGAAAAAGUUGAAGACAGAAUUUUUACAAGCAAAACAAGAAACUUCAAUAAUGGCAUUUGAAAUGAGAGAAAAGAUUCAAACUCUGCAAGAACACAGACAUUUCACUAGAGCUAUGGAAGAUUCUUGUGAAAAGCUAAUUGAACAACACAGUGGAGAUGACGGCAGAGUUCACCUUAUUCUUGAACUGUCAAACCAGGUGUCUCAGCAACAGGAAAAAAUAGAGUGCUUGCAAGCAGCCAUGAAGCAGAAAGACAUGCAUCUGAGGAAACUUGAGGGCCAACAGCUCAAUUUUAUUGCUGAUUCAGGACUAUUGCAAAAAUCCAUCAUAUCUGUUGUUCCACCAAUCAGCAGCCAGAAAGAGCAAAGUUACAAUCCAGAACAUACAUCUAGCACACCCAGGAUUGUGUGCACCUGUCCCAGUCAUGAAAAUCCCUUAGAAAUAAAAAGUCCUCCCUGUGAUAAAACAUUACAGUACACAUGUACCUUUGGAUGGAACCAAGUUCCAGCACUCGGCUCAGAGGAAGCUUAUAACACUGAACUGAAGAAAACUGCAGUUGAUAUUGCGGCUCCAGAGAAAGACCACAGAAUUUCAUCAGGAAGUUCAACAGAGAGUGGGGUUUCUAUGUCUUAAAAAAACACUAUAGGUAUGUGAUGAACUCUGUUUUCAAAGUUUAAACAUUUACAGAUGGACAGCAUAAA